AUGACUGUUGAUAGUAAACUCUCCUUUAUUUGGGACCCUUGGUGUGGAGGGAUCUCUAUUGCCGACUAUUUGAAAGAAAAGAAUAUUAUUGCCAACUUCUCCCAGUUUUAUAACCUGAAGGUUUCUAGCUUUAUUCUGGAUAUGAAAUGGGAAAUUCCACACUGUUUUGAUAAUUACAUUGGUAGCCUCAUCCGUGCGGUAAAAAUCGAGAACCAACCUGCUGCUCAUCUCUGGCUUGGUAACCACAAUCCUCUUUUUACCAAUUUUACUACCCAUUUCUAUGCUCACCUGGAAACUGUGGAGUGGUUUAAACAGAUCUGGCACAAAAAAUUUUCCCUCCGUUUUGCUGUUUACACUUGGUUGGCUUUCAAAAGAGGUCUUAAAACUGCUGAUGCUCUUGCUAUCCGGGGAAUUAUUACUCAAAAUUGCUGUUGUUUUUGUCAUAACUACCCGGAGUCUAUUACACACUUGUUUUUUGAAUGUGAUUUUUGUUUCAGCAUUGCCAAAAAUGUGUUGCCUUGGCUUAAUAACUGGUUGCUGAGACCAAACUUGAGCCAAUUAUUUAACAGUAUUUCGGACCAAGCUUAUUCUUCUUACUACACUAAUGUUUAUCUGCUUUCUGCUUCUGCUAUGAUCUAUUUCCUAUGGAGAGCCCGUAAUGAUAGAAUUUUUGGUGGUAUCGUGGACUACCAAAACACUGUGAUCUCAAAAAUUAAGAAGGCUGUGAUAUGGAAAACGCAAGGAUGGAAGAAAACAUGA